CACAAUAACACAUGCUUAGGGAUGGAUGAUUAAUUGAAUUGUCAUGAAUUUCUUGCUAUGUGAUUUUUACUUAUCCUCCAAGGUGGUUCUCCCUAUUGAGGCAAAUAGUUCCGUAGUAUUAUGCCAAAAAAUGACAACAUCAUUAUGUCUAAGAUGUACAUCUCAAUUAUUUAGUCAUUAAGUAUGUUUUUAUUUCAAUUAUUGUUAAGAUUGUAUCUAUAUCAUAUUGUUUUUAGUAAUUAUUUUUGCAGUUCUACAUCUCAAAUAAAUAUUGUCCUUGGAAAAUCAUUAAAUCAGUCAAAUCAUGCUUCAUUUAGAUCUUAAAAAUUGAAGGUAAUAAGAUAUUUAAGUUAGCAUAAUUAUAAAUCAUUAUGGAAAUAUAAUUACUAUAUUCAUGACUAGAAAAACAACUUGAAUUUGCAAAUACUUAUCAGUAUGUGUACCUCAAAUGCAACGAUCCAUUUAUUCACGUUCACGAAAGCUAACAAUGGCCGAAAUCCCUCCACAAACAUAUAUACUCGGCUGCACCCCAAGCCCUAACCCACGUCAGAAAAGAAAAAUAUGUACAUGGGUACUUAAACCUAACUUCUAACACAAGUCAGUGAUAGAAUGAGGGGACAUCCCCAUCCUUAUCUCCUACAAAUGAAGACAAUGGAGUUGGAGUUUCAUAUCAAGAUCACCGGUUACAACAUUGCAGACUCUAUAAGUGAGUUCGACAGAUAAGGAAAAGUAAAUUCUUACUUGCGCAUAAAUUAUAUUUCAUCAUUAAAAUUUUAUCUCAAUACAAUGCAAGAGAAGAAGAAAAAGCAUGCCUAUGGUGAAGGUUGUAGGUAUGAUGAGAGCGAGGAUUUUGGAACCCGAGAUUGAUUAAUCAAAAGAUACUAAGUAUAGGAGAAUUGGCCAAAACUAAGGAGAGAAAUAGACAACAAGAUAAAGAAUAAUUCAUGCUAUAUGAAUAUUAAGCGAAUUGAGAGCCAUAGGAAUAAAAUUUAUAAAAAUCCAAGGAUAUGUAAUAAUGAAUUAAGUUUUGGGGACAAUAAGGUUUGGAUGGCUAAAAAUAUAAAAAUGGUUGAGAAAAUUCUUACCCUCAAUGAUAAUCAUAAUAAUAACUAAUAAUUCAUCAAUACAUCCCCUCUAAAAGAUUAUUUUCCUCGAGAUUUGGUAUAAACUAAUUCAUAUACUUCCUUUUCAAGGUUCGACCGCUCUUUCACUUCCAAUUUAAUCCAACUCCUGCAAUGAAUUCAUUACGACAAAAUAAAUGUCUCAAUUGAAAAUGUAGUUGCACCAUCCUUCUUGGUCAUAAUUGUUGUUUCUUUGACACCGAGAUAUAUGCCGAACCUUCCAUGUAAAUUCCACAAAUUCGUUGAAGACAAUUAAUAUGAGUUGUAACGACAUAAGCGACAGUGUUGGGUGAUAGGAUAACUAGACUAUGAUACCAUUUGAUGAAAGAGAGGAUCUUGGUAUCCAUGAUUGAUUAACAUAAAGAUAUAAUUAGAGGAGAAUUGGACAAAAAUACGGAAAAUAAAUAGACUAUGAGAUAAUAAAUAAUUAGAGGAGAUCAAACUAUAGAAUUUAGAGAGCCCAUAAGAGACUUGAUAAAUCCAAGAAGAUGUAGAACAAGUAUGGAGAGGACAAAAUUAAGAGCAUUAGAGAGGAAGAACAGAGAGAGGUUUCAGAUAAUUGAUAAGGUAAAUCUUUUGUUCUUCUUUAGUAAUUUAACUUAAUGAAUAAAGUACAUUUUUGUUAGUGGAUAUAAGGAUGUUGAUGGGGAAGCAAUCUCAAAUAAGUUCAAAAAAAUUGCAUUCAUUUUGAUAUCGAGGUAAAUCUAAAUGCAGUUUGAUACAAUUUUUAUAUGUCACUUCCCUUACACAUGUUUUUUUUUUUACUUUUGAUAAAAAAUUUGGACAAUAAUCCGUUAGGAUGUUAUCAAAAAAAGUUAUGAUAUGUAUAUUUCUUUUUGAUUUUUUUGGUGAUGAAAUAAUUUAAAUUAUUUUAUAAACCCUACAAAAAUGUGUCAUGUCUCCUACAAUUAUAACUUUUGUUUAAGUUAUUGACCAAAUGAAUCCGACCAUCGGAUCGGGCCCUACUCUAGUAUGAGAAUGUGGGGAUUCAUGAAACCUUUGGCUGGUAAUGAAAGCUUGAGACUUGAGGUUUGUUUUAUUGUUGUCUUCAAUUUGGCCUUUAUUAGAAAUGGUUAUGGAGCUUAGCAGUAGCAAAGCAAAUGGGGUUUCAUGGAACUUAGCUGGUAAUGGCAUCAGUAGGAAGUAGGACUGAAGGAGUAAAUGCAGCUUGUCUAUGGCUCUUUUGGGGAGUGACAGAAAAUAGCAAAACCACAAAUUAAAACACUGCUCUGUCCUCUGUCCUUUCUUUCCGGACUCUCUCUCUCUCUCUCUCUCUGUUUGGUUUGUUUUAUACACCACGCCAUUAACGCCUGCCACUUCUCCCUUCUUCAGUUCUUCUUCUCCUCCUACUCCUACACCAGAAGAGUGAAACCAUUGAAAUCGAGACGGAGGAAAUUGGUUUAGAGGGAGGGAAAUCCGAUAUCCAACGGGCGAGAAUAGGAAGUGAAAGGGAAGAAUGGUGGGACCGUCCAGGCCGCAGUUCGUUCUCUUCGGCUCCUCCAUCGUUCAGCUCAGCUUCGGCAAUGGCGGUUGGGGUUCCUCUCUCUCCGAAAUCUACUCUCGCAGGGCAGAUGUGAUCUUACGAGGGUACUACGGAUGGAACUCGCGUCGUGCUGUUCAGGUGCUCGAUGACAUCUUCCCAAAGGAUGCUAGUGUGCAGCCAUCUUUAGUAAUUGUGUAUUUUGGUGGGAAUGAUUCGAUGGGUCCACACUCUUCUGGGUUAGGCCCUCAUGUUCCACUUCCUGAGUAUGUAGAAAACAUGAAGAAGAUCGCACUUCAUCUCAAGAGCCUUUCAAAGACGAUACGCAUAAUUUUUCUCAGCUGUCCUCCAGUUGAUGAGGUUAGAGUUCGUUCCAACGCAAGUGCAUACUUGAGCGAGCUGGUUAGGACAAAUGAACUCUGCAAAAAGUACUCGGAUGCAUGUAUAACGCUGUGCAAGGAACUGGACAUAAAGGUUGUUGAUCUUUACUCUGCACUUCAAACGAUAAGCGACUGGGAGACUGCAUGCUUCACGGAUGGGAUUCACUUAUCCGCAGAAGGAAGCAAAAUAGUGGUGAAGGAGAUACUGAAGGUGCUGAGAGAAGCAACAGAAUGGAGCCCCUCUUUGCACUGGAAAUCCAUGCCAGUUGAAUUCGCAGAGGAUUCUCCAUACGAUCUCGUAGCUGCCGAUGGGAAAAGGACUCUAAAUCCGUCGACUUGGAACUUCCACUGGGAGAGUCAAUGGGACUAAAACUAGAGAGGCAGUCUCAAGUAUUAGACGCAGAGAAGAUGGGAUUGAUUGCCGAUGCAGAUGAAAAACUCAACUUCUUCUGCAAAGGGAUCAGCAGAACUGGAGUCGAUUUGUACAGCAUCUUCAUCAUCAUCCACUUUGUAGAGGGUCAAAGAAAGGCAAACUGAGUCAGUUCUGAUUAAUAUGGUCAAGUCUCUUAAAUAGGAAUGCUUUAGUAGGAUUGGGUUGUUGGGAAUGUUGGUGAAAACCGAUAGUUUGCAGUUUUCUCCAUCAAAAUUAGACAUUUCGUUAAGUAAUCACAUAAAGGGCUAUUUGAUGCUUUAGUUUCUUCUUCAUUAGGUAUCGUGUAAGAGUUACUAAGAUAAUAUGUCACUAAAUCAAGGUUUAAAUGGUGUUUAUGCAUAUGAGAUGUUUACGAGCAUACCCUUGAAUGGAAGGCUUGGACUCUUGGCGUUUCUAGUUUCUACUAUCCAUAUUUUUCAAUUAAGUAGUUAUGUCCAACUUUCCAUCCGAUGUCCAGAGAGGCAUGAUGAUCACCGAGGAGAAUUAACGAUGACAGUUGAC